CGAUUAAAACGCAGUAAACAAAUCCGAAGGCAGAGAGAGAGAGAGAGAGAGAGAGAGAGAGAGAGGCGAUUUUAAAAACGACACAAAUCUGAGCUUCAGUCUUUUAUCACACUCUCUCUCUCUCUCUUUACAUUUUUCAUUCUCUCCGCCGACCUAAUAACGGUUCGCCGUCGUAUGCCGGCGGCGCGGCUCUUCCGUACGCGGCCAUCGUCUUGAACCUCUCGGCAGCCGCCGUGAUCUCUGCGCUUCUUCGCUCAUUUUCGCUUUAUGCGAGUCUUCCCUCCUCUUUGUUGUUUCCACUAGAAUAAGUGACGCGGCAUACAAAAAUGAUUGGAUCCUUUCUUACCCGAGGACUUGUGAUGGUUUUUGGUUAUGCCUAUCCCGCAUAUGAAUGCUACAAAACUGUGGAAAAGAAUAAACCGGAUAUUGAGCAACUUCGUUUUUGGUGCCAGUAUUGGAUCUUAGUUGCUAUUUUGACAGUUUGUGAAAGAGUUGGUGAUACUUUUGUCUCAUGGGUUCCAAUGUACAGUGAAGCCAAGCUGGCAUUCUUUAUAUAUUUGUGGUACCCCAAAACUAAGGGAACAACAUAUGUCUACGAUUCGUUCUUUAGACCAUACAUUGCAAAGCAUGAGACAGAAAUUGAUCGGAACUUGUUGGAACUGAAGACAAGGGCUGGAGAUAUUGCAGUUUCGUAUUGGCAAAGAGCUGCAAGCUAUGGUCAGACCAGAAUUUUUGAGAUUCUGCAAUAUAUUGCUGCACAAUCCACACCAAGACCUCCUAAGAGGACAACCACCAAAACUCCUGCUUCUAGUGAAGAACCACCUUCUACUUCUAGCAAAUCCUCAAGUGAGAAUGAAAAAGAGGAAGCAGAAGAAUUGGCUCCACAAGCACUUAAAGUAACCCCCACUGUGGCAGGCUUGAAUGCACAAAAAGACACCUCAGUUCAACAGCCUGAUGAAACCUCCAGCCAGUUAGAUUCAAAUGAAUCUGAGGCAAUGCAGAUUGAAUCAGCACCCAUUGCAGCAGCAGCGAAAGAAAAUGCGAGCCCUCCUGCCCAAGAGACGAACAUCAUGGGAGAAGUUGUUCGGGCUACGCGUGGCAGAUUGAGGAAAACCCGUUCUACAGCAAGCCGUUAAAUAAUGGGGCCGGCACCUUCCCCAGGAUAGCUAUAGCUUGCAAUAUGUGAGUAUUUAGGCAAUAGGUGAAAAUGCUGAUUUGAAUUCUUGACGUUGUGUACAUUUGUCGUUUCUUAUUCUAUUGGUUCCUUUGUGUC